AUGCCAACGAAUAUGCCUACAGCCGCCAACGAAAAUGAAUGGGAAAUGGCCGGCCACAAUGCUUCACCGACUAAGAUACAGGAGCAAAAUGCACUUCAAAACUACCACUCCUGCGGCAAUGAACGAGGGUUGGUAAACUCAGGACAAGUGGCAAUUAACCAGGGUCCGAGUACACGUAGCAGAAAGCGACAUCGAGUAAAAGAUGAGGAAGAAGACGAGCUUGCGACGCCUACGAAGUACAGCAGAAUGCCCACAUCUGCCAUGUCCAGAGCGGAGAGUUGGGAGGCAUUCACUCUGUGUCAGCUAGCCAAGAGUGAUCCUAAAUCUGUAUGUGAUUUGCUCGAUGGCAACAGGGCUGAAAUCGAGAGACAACGCAUCAAAAUCAAGUCGCUUGAAGCAGAAAUCAAGCAAGAAAAGAAAUCUCAUGAAGAGAAUCGUCGCAUACUCGAUAACCAGAUCAAGGCACUCAAUCGCGAUAUGGAACAGCUUCUCCUCCAGAAUAUGGAUGAUCUUAGCACAAAGAAGGCAUCGGAUGACACCAUCAAGAGCAUGUGGGGGCGGUUAUCAUACAAGAUCAAGAAUACCGUUAGUAACUAUUUUACCGAGUGGCCUCAAGAUGAGAAGAUCUCCAUCAAUGGCAUCGAGUACGAUAGAUCUACACAGUCCUCAUCUGAUGAUCGAAUUCUUGCUGUGCGAGACAGCCUCAAACGGCGUCAGCUAUGGGGUAUUCUACUCUGCAACAUCUUCGCGGCCCUUAAUCGUUACCACCUUGGACAUAUUGGUGGAUCAAUAGCUCGCCUUCUUGCGCAUCUAGAUGUCAACAAACUCCCCAGUCCCCAGUAUCUCCAAAUGAUUAGCAAAAUAAAGUCAGCUCUUGACCCGGACCUUGAACAGGAGACAGAUACUAAAAGCCAUACCAAAAGGGUAGAGAUGAUUCAGAACACAGUUGUUCACUUCAAAGAUAUCAUAGCAGACAAAAAACGGCUCGAAUUUGAGGACGAUUUGAAGAUGAUAUUCUCGGAUGCGUGGGAUAUCUACACCGCCAUGAUGAUGUCCAAAGCCAUCUUUAUCAUUCAGUGGCCUCAGGGUGAUAAUGGUGUAGUCAACGAUUACCCUUAUGAUCCAAAGACCAUGGAGCUUUCCGGCAUGAUUGAUCUCAGUGAUGCACCAGAACGCGUUAUCGGAGUGGUCGAGUCGCCGGUUGUGUGGAAGAUUGGAAAUGGAGACGGCGAAAACUUCGACUCUACCACGGUCCUAUGCCAACAUUCUGUGUUUCAAUGGGGUGGUAGGAGUGAGCCUAGUACAGAUACUUUGGGAGGAACAUCAUCGUAA